AUGAUUACCCCGCAGUCGCUGAAGCCCAUACGGCUGUCGAAGGACUCGCCAACGCCUCGCGUGAGCAUCGAAGAAAUCACCAAUGUGAAAAGGCCACAAAACCCUCGAAAGCAUUCUGAGCAGCAUCUACAGCCCCUCAGUCCUCUUGAAGACCGCGCAGCCCCCGCAAGUGACUCGGAUCUCGGUGCCAUAUUCGCCUUGAUUCCUACUCCUACUCUGGUGCUUGAUGCAAAACUGCGUGUCAUACAAGUGUCCGAUAGCCAUUUGAAGUUUACCGGCUUUGAUCGGGAGGAGUGUUUGGGGCACAGCAUCUUUGACUUCCCUCCUCACAAGGUUCCCGCGCCCGACAUCACCACUCUGCACCGAGUAAUUACCACUGCAAUCACCACUACCUCGCCCCAAGUCAUUGACGGCGUCGAGGUUGCUGUAGGAGCAGUCAUAUCCCUCUAUCAUCUCCGGAUAACCCCGGUUCUUGAAGGUGGAAAGCUUCGAAAUGUACUGGUUGCUGCCCACGAUGUAACAAGUGAGCAGCCAAUCCGGCAAAGCAAGAAGGAACUAGUAUAUAUGAACGAGACGUAUAGGAUUCUCGUUGAUACUAUCAAGGAAUAUGCCAUUUUCAUGCUGGAUACAUCCGGCCAUGUUGCGACCUGGAACUCGGCGGCUGCUAUUCUCAAGGGGUACAGCUCUGAUGAAAUAAUUGGCCGACAUUUCUCGAUCUUCUAUGGUGACGAUGCUCGUGCUGCUGAAAAGCCCGGCAAACAGCUUGAAGUUUGUCUAAGAGAAGGAAAAGUGGAAGAUGAAGGCUGGCGGUUUCGAAAGGACGGCUCUCGCUUCUGGGCCAAUGUUUUGAUGACUCCCGUCUACACAGCAGGUCUCCAUAUUGGAUUUGCAAAAGUAACACGAGAUCUAACCGAGAGAAAGGCGACCGAGGAGCGAUUGAUUGCUGCCUACGAAGAGUCUUCCAAACUCAAGUCCGACUUUCUCGCCAACAUGAGCCAUGAAAUUCGGACUCCUAUGCACGGAAUGCUGAUGGCUAUUCAAAUGCUCAGCGAGACUGCUAUGGAUGAAAAGCAAGAAGAAUAUGUGUCUAUUAUUGAAGACACCGGUUCUCUCUUGUUGCGAAUCAUUAAUGAUGUUCUUGACUACUCAAAACUGUCAUCGGGCACUUUCUCUAUAAGCUCUGGCGUUGUCGAUAUCAAAGAGGUUGUUACCGCCGUUUAUCGAAACUGCCAUCCUUCCUUGAAACGCGGGGUGGAUUUCCGCAUUCAAUUUCCCGACAAACUGCCAAAGCAUGUCAAGGGAGAUCCAUUACGAUAUCGACAAAUCAUUCAGAACCUCGUGGGAAACGCUGCCAAAUUCACCGACCAUGGAAGCAUCCAAAUCGACGUCACAUGCCAACAACAUCCAGAGGACGAAACCGCGUAUGAAGUUACAACAAAGGUCACUGAUACUGGUGUUGGUAUCCCCGAGGACGGCGUGAGUUCACUAUUUACUCCGUUUUCCCGAUUCGCCGACACCAAUCAAAAAAAGUAUCAAGGCACUGGGCUGGGCUUGUCGAUUUGUAAAAGCUUAGCCGAGGUAAUGGAUGGCCAAAUAGGGUUCCAUUCACACCCUAGCGAAACGGGGAGCGUCUUCUGGCUGUCUGUCAAGAUGGGAAAGGUUGAUACUACUCGUCCUGAAACGCACACCUUGCAACUGAGACCAAAACCGGAUCUGAAUGAAGCAAUCAAGAAAAUAGCCCCGCACAGGCAAAUUCUCUUGGUUGAAGACAACAUGGUAAACCAGACUAUCAUGCUGAAAAUGCUGAAAAUGAUCGGGUUCGAGAAAGUCGACACCGCCUGGGACGGCGCCGAGGCUGUUCGUAAAGUCAAGCAAAAGCCGCUGUCGUUCAGCACUAUAUUGAUGGAUGUCAACAUGCCCGUUAUGGACGGUAUGGAUGCAACUGUCGCUAUUCGUGGAAUGAACCGCGACAUCCCCAUCAUUGCCAUGACUGGGAAUGCGUUGAAAGGAGAUGCUGAGACAUACCUGGCGAAGGGCAUGAAUGACUACAUAGCCAAGCCGGUCCACCGACAGCACCUGGUGUCUGUUUUGUUGAAAUGGAUUGGAUCAUGA